CGCCUGCUGGCCGGCGAGGCGGCCGCGCCCUGCGGGUGCUGGUGGACAUGGACGGCGUGCUGGCCGACUUCGAGGGCGGUUUCCUCCGCAAGUUCCGCGCGCGCUUCCCCGAGCUGCCCUACAUCGCGCUGGAGGACCGGCGCGGCUUCUGGCUGUCGGAGCAGUACGGCCGCCUGCGGCCCGGGCUGAGCGAGAAGGCCAUGAGCAUAUGGCAGUCGGAGAAUUUUUUUUUGGACCUUGAUCCUCUUCCAGGAGCCAUUGAAGCUGUGAAGGAGAUGGCCAGCCUAGAGAACACGCAUGUCCUCAUCUGCACGAGCCCUAUCAAGAUGUACAAAUACUGUCCUUACGAGAAGUAUGCCUGGGUGGAGAAGCACUUAGGCACGGACUUUCUGGAACACAUCGUGCUGACCCAUGACAAGACUGUGGUCUCCGCUGACCUUCUUAUAGAUGACCGGCCGGACAUCACAGGGGCCGAGCCGCACCCCAGCUGGGAGCACAUCCUCUUCACCGCCUGCCAUAACCGCCACGUGCAGCUGCAGCCCCCCCGGCGCCGGCUACAGUCCUGGGCCGACGACUGGCGAGCCAUCCUGGACAGCAAGCGGCCCCGCUGAGUGGACUCGGGGCUCUGUGCUCUGGGGUGAUGCCCUCUCGCAGCGCAGCCUCCCAUGGGCCUCGAGCUGCCCUGGGGGUGGGCUGCGGGGCUUGAGGCCACCGGGAGCACUGAGGAUGUUGUGUGGGAGCCCAGCAGCCCCUGGCCACUCAGGGAAGCCCUUCCAGGUCUGCACCCACUGGCAUUGGCGUGGGGUCCAUGAGGGGAGCUGGCUGCCUCCCGGGCAGUGUGCAGUAAGAGGAGAAGGGAAUGAGCCCCCACUUUCUCAGCCCAGGCCCCCAACUCCCUGCCGGCCUCUCCGCCCAGCACAGCACAGGCCUGAGUGUUGGAGGCACGAACAAUAAAUGCUGUCCACUGGGUGCUGGCCCCG